GUAAAUAUUAAAAAAUAAAAGUAAAACCAUUGCGGUUUACUUAUGAGUUACUAAUAAAUAUCAGAGAUUUGAACGUGGUAGGAAGCCCACUUCCCAAGAUUCCUGAGGAAGUUCACCCAGAAAGUCUUCCUCAUUUGGCUGUGAAAUCUAUGACGGAUUAUGAAAAAGUCUCCUAUAAACUCUAAACUUGAACAAUAUCACCAACACUAUGAGUUUGAUCCUCACUCAGAUUUUGAACAGUUCUUGGCAGAAGCAAGAAAUCAUGCAAGGAGGGUGACAUUGGGUGUCACUUCACAUCUUGAAGAAUCAUGUGAGAAGAAAAAAAUGGGGAAAAAAUCAUCAUGGAAAAGAUCACUUUUUUCAUGGCUAAAGAGAGAAAAGAAGACCAAGAAUGGCCAAAAAGGAAUGAAAUUCUCCAAGCAAAGGAACGAAUGUGUUUCCGGACCGGUGAAUUUUCACGGGAGCGAAAUGGCAACUGCAGCGAGGCUUCAGAAGACUAUGUCAGGACCCAUCACAAAUCUUUUCUCCGGCAAGGACAAAGACGCGAAGGAGAUUGUCCCAUAUAUGUGCCUUGAAAAGAUGAACACUCCCAAGGCUGUUCAGUCCUAUGGACCUGUUUACUUGGUUACUUAGGAAAACAGCUCAAAAUGUGAUUCUCUUACUUUGCAAGAACAAAAUAUUUAUCCUUCUUCCUCUGUCCCUCAUAGAUCUUCCCAAUAGCCCUUUUUCUUUGUCCACAAUAGAUCUUCUCAUUUCAU